AUGUCGUCCCUCCCGUCCGAAUGUGAUGUGCUCGUUGUCGGCGGCGGCAACGCAGGCUUCUCGGCGGCGCUUUCGGCUCGUGAAAACGGUGCUCGAAACGUGGUGCUGAUCGACAAGUGCCCUGAAGAGUGGGCGGGCGGUAAUACGUAUUUCACGGCGGGCGCGUUUCGCACAGUACACGCGGGGCUGGCCGAUCUGCUGCCGCUUGUCAACAACGUCGACGCGGCCACGUCGAAAAUCAUCGACCUCGAGCCGUACACGCCGCAAGACUUUACGAGUGACCUGCUGCGUGUGACGGCCGGUCGGUCGGACCCACACCUGGGCAGCACGCUGGUGGGCGACUCCAACGAUGCGGUCAAGUGGCUGCACAAGCACGGCGUGCGGUUCCAGCUGUCGUUCAACCGGCAGGCGUACAAAGUGGUUGGGCGGUACAAGUUCUGGGGCGGUAUGGCGCUCAAGACGCAGGACGGCGGCAAGGGCCUGAUGGAGGACCUCCGGCGGGCCGCCAAGCGGGCGGGCGUCGCCACAUUCUUCUCGACCAUGGCCAAGCAGCUCGUCACGGAUGCCGAGGGGACAGUCAUCGGCGUCGUGGCUGCGUCGACGGACAUCUCGUCCGCCCAUAGCACCAGCAGCAUCUCUGCCAAGGCCGUCAUUCUUACGGCCGGCGGUUUCGAGGCCAAUCCACGCAUGCGUGCGCAGUAUCUGGGCCCCGGGUGGGACCUGGCGCUCGUGCGCGGCACGCCGUACAACACCGGCGACGGUCUCGAAUUUGCCAUGCGCGACGUCGGGGCCAAGCAGGCCGGGCACUGGUCCGGCUGCCACUCGCGGCGACCGGGCCGUCUCCACGAGUUCACCAAGUCGGGCUACCCGCUGGGCGUCGUGGUCAACACGCAGGGCGAGCGCUUUGUCGACGAGGGCGUGGACCUGCGCAACUACACCUAUGCCAAGUUUGGCCGCGCCAUCAUGGGCCAGCCCGACGGCCAGUCCUUCCAAGUGUGGGACGCGCGCGGCACGCCCUGGCUGCGCGACGAAGAGUACCGCGACAGCAUCGUGCGCAAGAUCCGGGCCGACACGCUCGAGGAGCUGGCUGACAAGCUCGCCCGAGAAGAGGGCCUGCACUCGCCCGCCAAGUUCCUCGAGACCAUGCACGACUACAACGCCGCCACCAACGCCUUCCAGGCCGCGCAUCCCCGCGUCAGGUGGGACCCGGCCGUGCGUGACGGCGUAUCGACGCAGUCCAGCCGCGGCGGCCUGGCGCUGCCCAAGUCCAACUGGGCCCUGCCCAUCGACAAGGGCCCGUUUGUGGCCGUCAAGGUUGCCUGCGGCGUCACGUUCACGUUUGGCGGUCUCGCUGUCAACCCGCAAACAGCGGCCGUUGUCGCAGCCGGGAAUCGGGAGGUACCAGGUCUCUUCUGUGCAGGCGAGAUGCUGGGCGGCCUCUUCUAUGGAAACUACCCAGGUGGCUCGGGCCUGACAUCGGGCACUGUCUUUGGUCGUCAGGCAGGGCGUGCGGCCGCUCCACGUGCCAUGGCAUCGUCGAGUGUGCGGUCGAAUCUGUAG